AUGCCGGGAUUGUCGCCAACGCCGUGGGUGCGGAGAUGUGUGCUGAGUGUUGGACAGCAGAGGAGGGGGCUGCGUGUGCGUCCGAGAGCGAGGCCGGCGCCGGUGAAGGAGGAUGGACCUGACGACGCCGAAACCAUCACGCUCACCGACGGCACCACGAUACGCGUACAGACCGGACGCCCGUAUGAAGAGCCGCCAGACUCCCCUCCCGACACCACACUCCCUCUUCCGCCACCCAAGCCCGCUCGACACGCAACCCUCGUGCCCUCCACGCCCUCACCACCCCUAGGGCUAACCUCCCACCCCAAAUCGCGCACCCGCACGCCCCCCUCCACCCCGCCCACCAACCCGCACGACUACAACUGGUACUUCGACACGGCCCCGCCCAGCGCCGCCGCCAAAUAUCACGCCAACAGCUUCUUCGAGCGCCACGGCCCGCAGGCCACCCUGCUGCGCAGCAUCGCGCACUUCCGCACGCUCCCCGCGACCUCGGUCCCGGAAGUCGCGUUCAUCGGGCGGUCGAACGUGGGCAAGAGCUCGCUGCUGAACGCGGUGAUGGGGUGCUCGACAAAGGACUUGUUGGCGCGGACGAGCCGUACACCAGGGUUCACCAAGACGAUGAACCUGUAUGGAAUUGCGCCGGAGCCCGGGGUCAGGAUCAAGAGCACCGCCGCGCGCGAAACCAUCACCGGCCCGCGCGGCCUCGUCAUCGUCGACAUGCCGGGCUACGGCGCAGGCUCGCUGGCCCAAUGGGGCGCCGAGAUCAUGAAGUACAUCCAGUCGCGCAAAGCGCUGCGGCGCGUCUUCGUGCUGCUGGACGCCGAGCACGGCGUCAAGGACAAGGACCGCAGUAUCCUGGCCAGCCUGCGCGCCGCGGGCGUCAGCCACCAGGUCGUGCUCAGCAAGGUCGACAAGCUGUAUGUGCCGCCGGGCGAGGCGCGGCGGGUGGGGCGGCCGGGGAAGGUGAAGCGCGGGGGUUCUGUGGGGAAGGUUAGGGCGUGUAUGGAGGGGUUGAUGGGGGAUAUUAGGCCGCCGGUUGGGGGCGGGGCGCUGGGGGAGGUGUUGGCGUGUAGUAGUGAGGUGUUGGUUGACGGAAGGCGGUUGGGGAUUGAGGAUGUGCGGUAUGCGGUGUUGAAGGCGGUGGGGUUAGAGGGCGAGGAGAGAAAGGGGUUUACGGAGAGUAAGAAGAAGAAGGGGGGUGCUGAGAAGAGGGCGUAG